AAUCGCACACGAAACUAGACCUUCUAGGCAUGGAAAGAGCGAACAAGGGAAAUGCCUUCUCCAAUACCCAUGACACGCUUGUUGUCCAGGGAACUUUAUCAGUGUCUUAAUUUCGGGGCUUGCAGCAGUCCAUUGGCAAAAAACGCUUCUAUUUCAACCUUGCGAGUACCAGCUCAAAGAUUACAUGGAAAGAUUGCAACCAGGCUUUGGUCGUCCACGAUCCUGUGGAAAGAACUACAUUCUAUGCAAUCAAUUGGAUCGGGCGGCUUUGGGUCCGUGUACAGGGGCGUGUACUUUGGAGAAACUGUAGCGGUCAAAAAAGUAAAGAAGCGCACCAAGAACAAGCUUGCAUCCAGACAAAGCUUUUGGGCAGAGUUGAACGCUGGUCAUUUGCGACAUAAAAACAUUGUACGCAUCAUAGCAGCGACAACGUGCGUGCCGGUCAAUUUAGAAAACGAGGACAACAUUGGAACCAUUCUGAUGGAAUAUGUUGGAAAUCGAAAUCUUCACCAGGUCAUAUACGACUGUGCAGAGGAGCUUGGAGUCGUUAGAUGGACUAAGUUCUCCAUUGAUAUUGCUCACGGGCUUGAUUUUCUUCAUAAGAACGACAUUUUGCAUUUAGAUCUAAAACCUGCCAAUGUAUUGGUUUCGAUGGAGGAUGUUUGUAAAAUAGUUGAUUUUGGCUCUUCACUGAAACUGGAUCAAAGGAGUGAUAUACCAGAAAAUAGGCCCUUGUUGAGUCAUGUUGGGGGUACGUAUACUCACAGAGCACCUGAACUGUUGAAAGGAGAAGACGUAUCUCCUAAAGCAGAUAUCUACUCCUUCGGCAUAACUCUUUGGCAAUUAAUCACAAGAGGGCAGCCAUAUGUGGGUGAGCGUCAACAUGUUCUAUAUGCAGUUGUAGCUUAUGAGUUACGACCUUCCGUCAAAGACGACCCUUUCUUCGACACUCAGGAGGGUGAUAGCUGCCGGUCCCUUUUGUGUCGAUGCUGGGGCAGCGAGGCCAAGUUGAGACCAAGUGCACAAGAGAUCAUCGUUCAUCUGGAAACGGUUCAAUCAUUUUCUGACAUUUUUAUAUUGGAGGUGGAGGUUGACCUACCCGUCCAUAAUGAAGUGACCUGAGUGCAAACAUAAGAGAGUAUUUUAAUCAUUAAAAUCUAACUCAGCAAUUGUGCACAAGUAACCGUGUUUGGUUGCCCAUACCGUUUUAGAAAAA